UGAUCUAAAUGGGAACAACCUGACGACCAUCAGCAAGACAGACUUCUCUGGCCUCAAACACCUCAGAGUUCUUCACCUGAUGGAGAACCAGAUUAGCAACAUUGAGAGAGGAGCAUUUGAUGAUCUGAAGGAACUGGAGAGACUUCGUCUGAACAGGAACCGUCUCACUCAGCUCCCUGAACUCCUGUUCCAGAAGAAUGAGGCUCUGGCUCGACU